AGUAGAUUAUGUAAAGUGAAAUUCCACCAUAUUCUAUUAUGUGUCCGACCAGUUGCUGGUGGGUGAUAAGUAGAGAAGGCAGCUAAUGUUCAGGAGAUGGACCCAGCCACAAGAUCUGUAGCUGAAAAGAUGGCUCAUAUGAAGAUCCGGUUUAAUAAGCUUUUGCUUCAAACGAAGAAAAUGAAUGGUGUUCUCAAAGAACUUCAGAAAGGAAGAAUAAAGAUCAUUGCUCAUUUCAGAGACAAGGAGUACAGCAAAAUCUUCCUGGAUUAUAACACUCUGAAGGAUGUCUAUGACUGGCUGUUCGAAGAAAUCUGUGAAACUGGACAUUUUCCAAACAACUUUCUGCUCAAACAUGGCUCAAAAGAGUUUCCUCUUAAAGCAAACACCAAGGACAUCCCAGUUGGAGACAUUGCCAGUCCAUUAGAAGUGCAAGAACAAAAAAGGACCAAUCAGCAGGGAGGCAACGAAAGUUCUUCCGCUGUAAGUCUUUCUAAACAUGUCAUACGGUUUGACCUACCCAUGGAUGUUCGCUUACUUGAAGGCAUGUCACCAACUCAAUACUUAUGUUCCCAUUACCGCUGUGAUGAAGUUUUAACGUUGUUGUACAAAACAGCCUUUAUUAAGCAAGAUAAGGAUAGGGAUGGACAAAUUGAUAUAAAGGAAAUGGAACGUGCGCUGCUGUUUGUCUACAAACUGCACGAAAGCCACAUUCAGAAACUGUACGAUUUGAUUAACAUCAAUGACGAUUUCAAAGUGGAUCAGAAGUUAUUCAUAGCUCUAGCUUGCUUGAUGUCUAGAAUUUUAUAUAAAGAGCCCAUAAAAGAUGCCAUUAAACCAGACACUAUCGCCAAAAAGGACAUUCUGGAGAAAGCAGAUUUCUACGCACUGAACUGGAGAGUUUCUGAAGUUAGAAUUGGGACAGACCUUCGGAUUUUGUUGUCGUAUCUGGUUCAAGAAAGGACUGGAGGUUUUAACCAGAAAACACAGUUUUGCUAGUAUUCGAUGAAAACCAGCCAAAGAUUUUAUGUCUAUGCCUUUAUUACCUCUAGAUCAUACUAUUCCAGGACUCUGCUUCUAUCCAGCAUGAACUUCAGCCGUCUGCUCAUAUUCUGAUGCAUAUUAUCUUUUUCACGCCCAUAUCCUAAUGUUUUCAAAGUCUCUUUCAUUAAUCAACACUGGGUCCUGAUCUGGCAAUUCUAAAUUUUGCAUCCUUUUGUAUAAAUCCAACCAAAACAGCGCCUCAUCUACCCUAUGCCUGGUACCUUCACCAGCUCUACAAACGUUUGAUAUGUCAGUGUUCCUCAAUUUCUUGUGUCUUGCAUAUCUCUGAUUUUAGUUGUACCACCUUUAGCAGCUUUGCCUUUGGCUAGUAAGGCCACAAGCUCUGAUUUUCCCACCUUAAAGCUUUCUUGCUACCGUAAAGACAUUCCAUAAAAUCCACAUUUUUAGUCGGGCUUUUGCUCAUAAAUCUUAAUACCUCCUCAGGUGUUACUUUUGAUAACACUUUUGUGUAGCUCCUUGGGACAAUUUUACUGUGAUAGAGAUUCUCUGUGAAUAAAAGUUGCUGUUGUGGCUAGAUUUUAUCUUCAUUUUAAUAGCUAUUAGUAACAUUUUAAUCUGACAAGCAGCCAUUGCUAAGUUUACAAUAAAUGUUUAUGUUUAAUUGCUGUGAAGCGCACACAAGUAACAAAAGAAUUCUGCUUAGAAUGCUGGGAAGGACCAUUUCUUGCUAUCAUGUACUGAAUGCCAUAUAACAGCAUGGAAUUAAGUUAACCAUUCUGCUGAAUUUCCAAAAGCAUCAAAUUCUUGGCCAAUAUUUCCUAUUACCACAUAAAUAAAGCUCAAUUCAUUAAUAAAAAAUAAGAAAAAGACAGGUAAAGUAGCAAAUUUAAGGCCCUGAGUUAAAUGCUUGUUUAUAACAUGCAUGGUCAUCCCCACUCUGAAAUAUAUGGAGGCAUAAUCCAUUUGCAAGGGACUUAUGAUGAUUUAAAAUCAACUAUAAUUGAAGUGUUAGAAGUGAAACACAUGUAUUAAGGUUGUAUAAUUCAAACAGUAGUUGAAAGUAAAACAGUUAUUUGUGAAAAAGUAAUUAUACUUUCUGUUACUGUAGCUCCUAGAGCAUUGAGCAUAAAAGUGGAAUCAUAGAAUUGUUGAAUCCCUACAGUGUGGAAACAGGCCCUUCGGCCCAACAAGUCCACACUGACCCUCAGAUGCAUCCCAAUAUAACCCGCCUAAUCUACACAUCCCUGAAUACUACGGGCAAUUUAGCUUGGCCAAUCUACCUAGCCUACAAAUCUUUGGACUGUGAGAGGAAACUGGAGCACCCAGAGGAAACCCACACAGACAUGGGGAGAAUGAGCAAACUCCUCACAGACAGUCACCCAAGCGUGAAAUUGAACCUGGGUCCCUGGCUCUGUGAGGCUUAUGCCUCAGUGAUACAGAGUAUUGGUGAGAUCAAAUCUUGAAAAUUCUGUGCAGUUUUGGAUUUCCUUAUUUACUGAAGAAUGUAAAUGGAUUGGAGGCAGUUCAGAGGAGGUUUACUAGGCUGAUACCUGGAAAUGAAUUGGUUGUCUUAUGAGGAUAAGUUGGCCAGGUUGGGCUUGUUUCCACUGGAGUUUAGCAGACUGGGGGUUGACUUCAAUAAAGUGUAUAAGAUGUCUAAAUACAAUGAAAAAAUAAAGAAAAAUAUCGAGGCAUGAGUCAUUCUGUAUACAUUCUAAACCAAAAGGAUAAAAAAAAUUCAACUAUGAAAGAAAUCUAAACUAAGGAAACAUAAUUAGUUAGUAAGAACGGAUCAGAAAAUCUCAACAAAUGAAAUGGAGCAUGGCACAAGACUAUCCACAAUUGAGCUGAAUAUAGUAAUACACUGUGCUAAACAAACAGUGUAUUCCUGUAUCAAUUAGAUUAUAAAACAUUGGAGUAGAAGUCUGCCAUUCUGCCCAUCAAUUCUUCUCCACUAUUGAAUGAGGUCAUGACUGAUCUGAUGAUCCUCAACUCCAUUUUCUUGUGGAAUGGUCUCGCCAAAGUGGACAUGUAAAGAGGCAUUCCCCUGUGUGUGAAUCCAGAACUGUUUUAAUAAUUGGGCCUACCCUUUUUACAACAACGACGAGGAGAAAUCCUUUCUCUCAAAGGGUUGUGCAAAAAUCUUGUCUUCAAAAGUGAGGGAAGCAAGGUCAUUGAAUAUUCUUAAGGCAGAGAUAGACAGAUUCUUAUAGGCAAGGAGUCACAGCGUUUUGCAGUUAAUGGGAAUGUAGAUUUCAAAACACAAACAGAUUAACGAUAAUCUUAUUGAAUGCCAGAGCAGGUAUGAGGGGCUAAAUGGCCUGGUUCUGCUCCACUUUCAUCUAUUUGUACGUUUCUACACAUGACUGAAUGCUGUUGUUGAUUAUAUUAUUUCUCUAAACCAUUGACGAGGGAGAAUGGAACAGUAGACAUUAUAAUUAAAUAAUUACAGUGACUAUAGUGUGAUAAUGCGGCAAUCUUUGACCAUAUAUCAUGUACCAUUGUCUACUAGUUCAUUUUCAUUCAAUCUCUGUAACUGUGCUGGGAGACUUUAUACAGCAGAUUUAUCAGCAAAACCCUUAUUGUGAGGUAAAGCUCACUAAUCUGUUAAGAGAUAACUGGCUGAGUUGAAUUACUUGAAAUCUCAAGAGAGAUGGGCUGUAUCAAUUAGCUCUCACAAUUUGAAAAGCAGGAGAAAGACAGCAGUACUCUAUACAGAUAUUAACUACAAAGCAACAGCUUAUUAUGUAGAUUGCAAACAUUUAUUGUUUUAUUAGAGCAUCUAGUUAGUAUCUCUUUCUGUAUAUGUUAUUGCAUAUUCACCUGACUCAAUUAAUUUGUUAAUUUGAAUAAAUAUAAAUUGCUGUCUUUACAAUGAUGACAAGGUACAGAAAAGGUUAAUGUGGAGGCACAUGAUAUGGUCAAUACACAAAACAAUUAGAAUAUAAUUUUUGGUUUAAAUCUUCAUCAUAUAAUUAAAAGCUUUGUCAUCAUUAGGACACUAGUACCAUAGUUCUGUUAUCAUUGUGCCAGUAAUCCAUUGACUCAAGCUAAUAGCUUGGAGUACAUAUUCAAAACACACUGUGGCAGCUUGUGGAUUUCAAGCUCAAUUUUUGUAAAUGAAAUCUGGAAGAUAAAACUUGUCCCCUGAAACCAUCAAUUAUGUUAAAACUCAACUACCAUUACUGAUGUCCUUUAUGGAAAGAAAUCUGCCACUUUCAUCCAACCUAGCCUAAUACUGACUUGCAAAUUUCACCUUAAGAGUGGUUACGGGUUGGUGACAAACCUUGCCAUUGAUGAUCAAAUCCAAUGAAAGUACCUAAGCAUGAGUCAUUUUGUAUACAACAAAACUAAAAGGUGAAAACAAACUCAACCGUGCAAGAAAUUUAAAUGAAAGAAGCCUAAUUUCUUCAUACAAGCAGAUCAGAAAGUAUCUACAAAUGUAAUGGAGCAUGGCACAAGAUUAUCCAUAAUUGAGCUGACUAUGGUAAUUCCCAGUACCAAACAGGCAGUCCAUUCCCGCAUCAAUUACACCACAAAACAUAGGAGUUGAAGUAGACCAUUCUGCCCAUUGAUUCUGCUCCACCAUUCAAAGAGGUCAUUACUGACCUGAUAAUCCUCAACUUCACUUUCUAGUGGAAUUAUUUGCUGAGCUCCAUAGAAUGGCAAAACUAAUAACUGUUCAAUUCAUGAAAGCAUGUAUAACCAAAUUCAGCUACAGACAUUUUCUUUUCCUGGUAGUUCAUGCCAACAUACUGGGAAGCACCUAAAUUUUCAGUUUCAAUUUGGUUUCUCUCCCCAGCAUUUACCCUCCUUUCCUGCUUUAACUUUUUCCUGUUCUGUAUAUAAUUAAAAAGGAAAUAAACACCGUCAAUGUGCAAUUUAAUGGUGGAGGCACCAUGACUGAUUACUAUCAUGUAAACCAGCAGCAGCUCUCUCUCUCUAAUGAUACAGUGGGACUACGGUGACUUUACCUUUCAUUUACCCAAUGUUCUCACACAGGUGUUUACUAAAUUACAUCAUUGGAUAAUAGCUCAGGAUCCCACCCCCAUAUAGCUUUCUGCCUCCUCAGUUGAGGUGUGCUGAAAAGAAUU